UCAGCUGAUCUAUCACCUGUCCUGAGCAAGAUGGCAGCCUCCAUACUGCGGCGCUCGCUUCUAAUUCCGCGCUGCAGAGCUGGGGAUGUCGCCGCCCUGCACAGUGGACCGAGCCGGAGAAGGGCGCAGGCCCCAGAGCCCAUCGCUUCUGGCCGGAGAGCGGGGAACUGUCCUGCGGGAGAGCGCGGUGUUGCUCCAUGGGUAGCAGUGGUAGGUCUGGAAAUUCAUGCACAGAUCAGUUCCAACUCAAAGCUUUUCUCUGGCUCCCAAGUCCAGUUUGCAGCACCACCUAAUUCUUUGGUAUCUUUCUUUGAUGCUUCUCUACCAGGGACCUUACCAGCUCUCAACAGGAGAUGUGUAGAAGCAGCAGUGAUGACAGGCCUUGCACUGAACUGCAGCAUAAACAAGAAGUCCUUGUUUGACAGAAAACACUAUUUCUAUGCAGAUCUGCCUGCUGGCUAUCAAAUCACUCAGCAGAGACUUCCUGUUGCUGUGAAUGGGAGUCUUUCAUACAGCCUCUGUGUAGGGGGAAAAAAGAACCAGAUGGUAACCAGGACUGUGAGGAUCAAGCAGAUCCAGUUGGAACAAGACAGCGGAAAGAGUCUUCAUGAUGACAUAAGGAGCCAGACUCUCAUUGAUUUGAACAGGGCUGGUGUUGGCCUCAUGGAGGUUGUCAUGGAGCCUGAUAUGAGCUCUGGGGAAGAGGCAGCUGCAGCAGUCAGAGAGCUUCAGCUUAUUCUUCAAACACUUGGGAGCAGCCAGGCAAUCAUGGCAGAGGGUCAACUGAGAGUGGAUGCCAAUGUAUCUGUGCAUCACCCCGGAGAAGCUUACGGAGUAAGGACUGAAGUGAAGAAUAUCAAUAGUGCACGAUUCCUGGCAAGAGCAAUAGACUAUGAAAUACAGAGGCAAAUCAAGGAACUUGAAAAUGGAGGAACUGUUAUGAAUGAAACCAGAGCCUUUGAUUACAAACUUGGGUGUACCAUACCAAUGAGAGAUAAAGAAGGAAAACAGGAUUAUCGGUUCAUGCCAGAGCCAAACCUCCCUCCAUUGAUUCUGUACGAUACUAAAUCGUUGCCCGCUAAUACGAACCAUCAGCAAGUGGUGAAUAUUGAUUGGAUUCGGGAGAGGCUUCCUGAUCUCCCCAGUGUGAGGAGAGUGAAGCUUGUUGAACAGUAUGGGAUUCUGCCUGAACACAGUUUCACCUUAUUGAAUGAAGACGGAUUAAUGGAGUUCUUUGAAAAUGUAGUGAGACAGACACAGAUGAAUCCAAAGAAAGUGAUUGGCUGGAUUCUAAAUGAUAUGCUUGGUUAUUUAAAACAAUACAACCUUAAAGUCAAGGAAAGUCCAGUCAGUUCUCUCUUCCUGGCUGACCUUCUAAAUCUUCUAGAGAGAGGAACAAUUUCUUCUUCAGCAGCCAACCAAGUGCUUGAGGAAUUGUGGAAGGGGGAGGGGAAGACCCCACUUCAAAUUGUUAAAGAAAAGAAACUUGGACUUAUCCAGGAUCAGCAAGAGCUUGAACAGAUCUGUCAGGCAGUGAUGGAAGGACAUCAGGAAGAGGUGAUUAGAACAGGGGUGGGAACUGAAUUACAGCAGCUUGGACAUGUUGGUAGUCUGUGAUGCUAACGGGUUUAAAUUGCCAU